AUGUUGGAUGACUCUCUGUGGGAUACAUUUCUUUGGGAUGAUUACUUUCUGACUGACGAGGAUGUUUCUGACACCAACAUUAAGCCAGAUGAGGAUGAGAGCAAGAGUGCAGAAAUAUUUUCAGUACCAGUUCCACAAAAUGCCUCUGAUCCCGAAAGUGCCGCCUCCUUGAUUGCGUCUCAAAUGGCAAAGCUAUCAGUCGCUGAUCGAGAAAAGGCAUACAAUGACGUCCAUGCGAUACCAGACGACUUUGUAAAGGAAACUCCAGAACUAAUUCACAAUAGUUUAUGGGGACUACAAGGCGAGAUCGAUAUCCUACCUGACAAGAAAGCGUACAGCAUUGCUGAACAACUGAAUCCAACAUAUACACAGGAUAGAGACUUUCGACUUGCGUUUCUUCGAUGCGAGAAGUUUGAUUGUAAAAAAGCAGCGCUUCGAUUUGUCCGUCAUUUUCAAAUGAAAUUGGACUUGUUUGGUCAGGAUAAGCUUGUAAGAGACAUUACUCAAGAUGAUUUGGAUGCGGAUGAAAUGGAAAUUCUCCAUCUUUCAAAUGGAAGAUUCUUGAACGCGCAUGAUAAGGCUGGAAGACGCAUGAAUAUGAUUGUUAUGGUGAAUAAAACGUACAGGACCGACUCAUGUCUUCGGAAAUCCUUUUAUAUCACAAUGGCAGUAUGCCGUGAAAUAGAGAUACAACGACGUGGGCUUGUAAAUGUAAGUAUCCAGUUUGGAAAUGAAGUCAAGGGCACGAGUGCCGAUAAUCUUGAUCUUGUCUGGAAGUUGCCAAAGCAAAAUCAAGCAAUUCCCUUGUGGCACUCGGCUAUCCAUCUAUGCUGCACUAAGGGAGCAUGGGAAUCUCACUAUGCGAUGGUUAAGACUGCACUCGACAAGCAGAGCCAAGUUAGAUGUCGGGUGCAUUGUUGUGAUACGAUCCUCGAAUGCUUAGAAGAACUACGCGGAUAUGGAAUCGACCCAUCUUGUAUACCUGUGAACAAUAAAGGCGAGAUCACUGACCGUAUCAAAGAUCAUAAAAGACUAGAACAACAACGGCGGCAGGAGCGCUUGAGAUAUCCAACUCCUAACAUGAUUGGUGUUCCAUUUUGCGAGGAUGUUUUGUUGGGCAAGGGCACCCCAUUUCAGAUCCACCGUGGCAACAAAAAGCUACAACAGUUUGUAGCAGAUCGGUACAAGAAGUACGAAAGAGCGCAAAAAGGGGCAAAGAAGGCUGUUGCUCAAGAAAUCAUCAAUGUCGUUAGGGGCAAUGGGGGCCUCUUUCUAAAGCAAGAUGGCAACAAGUGGGUUCCAGUCACCGAUGAUGUGGCGCUGUUGAAAGUUGCCGCUCUAUUUCGAUAUUUGCGGUUGAAGAAUGGAAAAAAGUAG